AUGUCCAAUGGGUCUGCUCUAUCAUCGUCAUCGACUGAGGCCGAAGAUCCGUAUGCCCCCGUACGUCAUACUCGUGCGCAAACGAGCGAAACGGAUUAUGGUUCAGCUAUUUAUCGUUAUGAUAAUAAUGAAAUGCCUCAAACCUUAGGCGCGCCAGAGAUGAAACCCCCAACACAUACGCCAUACGCACCUUCACCUUCUUUGAUGGGAACGAAUGACCCGCUAGGUCGUUCGUCAGCUCGAAUACCGGUAUUCAGUUUUGGUUUCGGUGGCAACGUAGUCACUUGCUUCCAUGGAGCAGCGAUGCUUAACACUGGGUUCGAUGUAGCUCUUUCUUCUCGCAAUUCCACCGCUGUUGAAGUUCGACUUCUCCAUAAAAUCAUUCCUGAAUCAGCUUUGGACACAUCUGUAUCCUUUCCAGGUCCUCUGUUCUCGGAUCCUGGUAGUUCUACAUCAGGAUUAGUUCGGACAGGCGCCUCAAGCCAAGCGAAGACUCGAAAAGCCAAAGUCAUCAAGUAUCUUACGCAUCGAGCCGAGGAAAUGAAACAGGGCAUUGGGUAUCUUCAUGCGAAUAGCCCUGAAAGACGUCGAGCAGAUGGAAAGCUUGUACUCGUGAGAUUAUUGAAGGUUAUGGUUGAAAACGACGGUCGGAUUUCAGGCUCCCCGCAAAUUGACGCCGCUGUACGUUCCGCGUUGAUACCUCGACAAGAUCUGACUAUCAGCGAAUCCACGACUCCCUCGACGGUCGCCUCAGGGUUCACGCCAGCCUUGGAGUCCACAGCCAUCUCUUCAUACACUGGUCUAUCUGUAACGUCAGUGGGCCGCAACGAGGAUACCGUCUCCACAUCCGUUCUUCGCUCCUCAGCGUUGGAUAAGAUGCAAGACUUCCUUCUUCGCGGAGAACGGAAAAAGGCAUAUCAUUAUGCCUUGGAUGAGAAGUUAUGGGCUCAUGCUAUGGUUAUUGCCAGUGGGAUAGACAAGGAUGCAUGGGAAGAAGUUGUCAAUGAGUUCCUCAGGACCGAACUAGGUGUGAAAGAAGACCCGUCUCGGAAUAGUUUACAAGUCCGUGGCAAUGAGGCUCUUCCACCGUCUGUCAAUGGUCGGGAAGGUUUGCGAGCUGCAUAUAGGUUGUACUCUGGGCAAGGUGCUUCAUCUGUUCAGGAGAUGAUACCCCAAAACUUGCUCUCAAGAGCGACGGGACAUGUGUCAUUACCUGUGCCGGUGCUGCCUCAAAUGACGCCCAUGACACCCAACUUUACAGUUCCACAGGUGGCCGCCGGUAGUAUUCCCACCGAUUGUCUCUCAAAGUGGGCUGAGACGGUCAGCAUGAUGCUGUCACCGUCAAUAAAUAGUGACACAUCAUCGGGACUGUUGGCCUUCGGUGAUCACUUAUUGGCUAACCAAUGGGUUGAAGCUGCGCACGUCUGUUACCUACUUUCUUCACAAACCCUGCCUGCUGGUAGCACCGUUCUUCCGCCGAUAGGCGGCAUUGGACACCCUACGGCACGACUCAUACUUGCAGGUUCACGUAGUCCCCAGGCGUGGCCGAAUUUCCACAAAGAUUCUGACCCCAUAAUAUUUUCCGAGAUUGUCGAGUUUGCGCUAUCUUUGGCAACGCCGACCAAAGGCCAAGAACCUUUUGGUGGUUUGCCUCACCUUCAAGCGUACCGUUUUAUCAGAGCUGCCUCUCUGGCUGAAUUUGGCUAUGUGCAACUUGCUAACAGGUAUUGCGAAGCAAUUUUGGCUAGCGUAUCACGGUCUUCACCGUACUUCAACGAAACGCUUACAGAGCAGCUGAAGGGUUUAUCUGAUCGCAUCGUCGGUGUGUCGCACGCGGAUAAAGGUGGCUCGUGGAUGAGCGGGAAACUGAGUAAACCAAGCCUGGAUACCAUAGGCGGAUGGCUAGAAGGGCGCUUCACUAAACUUGUUACUGGUGAUGCCGAGGCCACAACAGCUACCGAAGAAGACGCGUCAAAAAUUGAUGACCGUAGCGGGCAUACGGGACCAUUCUCACAAUACAGCUCCAUCUCGUCUGCGGCUCCGUCUGCGGAUCCGUCCCCCCAUUCUUCCGUGGUCAAUCUUCCUAUUACUCCAGGCCGCACUGGAUCUGCGAUGUCGACUCAUGGAUAUCGGCCACCAGAACGGGCCGCUUCAGCCAUGGACACAAUUCGCCGAAAGCAAUCACCUCCUAUGCCGCGCAUAUCGUCUGCUUCCGCAACAACAACGAUGUUUGCGCCAUCUCACUCUUUCGGGCAAGCGCUCUCGGAUUAUAAGCCUCUUGAUACUAUGAACGAAGUCGAUGUUGCGACACCUAAGCCAUCGUUUGAUGAGGCUGAUGACGAUCCGAGUGCACAAGAGGUUACUUGGUGGGGAGAUGGUCUGUCUUCACGGACACCAACGGCGACGAACUUCGUGAAAUUGAACGAUGCUGUUGUGACGUCGACGGACGGCUUUGUAUCCCUCAUGGACAACACCACGUUUUCACUUUCGUCCCCGCCAGCACCAGCUUCGCGUCCGCCUCAUAAAUUUUCCGAAGAGGAGGAUGAAGAGGAAGAUCUAGGGUUUGGAAACUCUAAGCCCAAGGACAACAAGCCUUUCGACGACAAAAACACCGAAUCUGAGGAGAAAAAAAGACAAAAGAACCCUAAGCCAGUUGCAAAUUCGAGCAGUAGCAGCAGUGGAUCUUGGUUUGGUCGAUGGUGGAAACGAGGCGAAACUUCUGGACCUGUCAAAGCCAGUCUAGGAGAAGAAACGUCGUUUUAUUACGACAAAGAGCUGAAACGAUGGGUCAACAAAAAGGCUGGUGCUGAUGUAGCUGCUAAACCCGCCCCACCACCACCUCCGCCAUCAAGGCCGGCGACGACAUCACCAGGCAUGUACGCAGGCAUGUCUACGUCUGGACCUUUGACCGAUUCGAUGAAUGGGCGAACGCCCGUUCGGCCGGCGUCUGCCGUCGAUUCUUCGACCGCACCACCAAAUCGACGAGCGCUUCCACGCGUUCGUUCGAACUUAGUACCUACUCCCGAACUCGAACCCGGACCUCCUACUCCUCCCAGUACUCGGCCUGAGCCUGGGCCGCCGCCGUCACCUAUGCCAGGACGACCCAAGUCGCAAGGCUCGAAGCGACCUAUUCGUAACCGCUAUGUAGAUGUGUUUUCGCAUGAAGCUGCCCCCACAUAG